AUGCCCUUCGGCCUGAAGAGGUCUCCGGCAACGUUCCAGCGACCCAUAGAUCGCUUCUGGUCAGGACCAUCACUUGGUGGUAGGCAUAUUCUAGGUUAUCUUGAUGACCUAUUAGUAAUUUCAGAGGACUUUGAGUCUCAUUUGUCUGAUUUACGUGCGGUAUUUGAGCAUCUUCGGAUGUUCAAGUUAAGAGCCAACCGCGAAAAGUGCGUGUUCGCCAGGGACCGGCUCAAAUACCUAGGUCACAUGAUAUCCAACGACGGUAUAUCUUCAGACGAAGAUAAGGUGCGUGCUGUCCAAGAUAUGAAAGAACCGACUAAUCUCCAGCAACUUCGUACCUUCCUGCAAACUUGCUCUUGGUUUAGAAAGUUCAUACCAGAGUUUGCGAAGCUAGCUGAGCCACUAACGCGCCUUACCAAAAAGUCACAGUUCUGGCAAUGGGGAGAUGAUCAGGCCAAAGCCUUCGUACAUCUUAAGUCCCUUCUGGCUUCACCACCCAUUCUUGUUCAGCCGGACUACUCGAAGCCAUUCAUCCUUAGGACGGAUGCCAGCAAUUUUGACCUAGAUGCAGCUUUACUCCAGGGGGUGUCUCCACAGGAUGAACACCCAAUCGAGUACGCGAGCCGUCUCCUCACAUCAGCCGAGAAAAAUUAUACCAUUACGGAGCGGGAGGCGCUAGCAGUUGUUUCGGCCGUGGAAAGAUUCCGUGGGUAUAUUGAUGGUCACCAGGUUGUGGUCAGAAGUGAUCAUCAACCCCUGAAGUGA